AUGAUGGAUGAUAUCAUCACAGCUCAAGAAGAGGACGGCAUUUUCAACACGACAAAAACGGCACUACGAAUCCUUCAGGGAGGAGCCUCGCUGAAUGAAGACGCUGCCUUGGCAAAAGCACGAGCCCUGGUACCAGUCUUCACGGGUGGCUUGUCUUUAUUUGGUUGUUACGUAGUUAUACGAGAAAUUCUGACCGAUCACCGAGCCAGAAAGGGGCACUCCAUUACUCGACUACUCCUGAGCUUGAGCCUCGCCAAUCUUGUCUUUGCCAUUGGAGCCAUGAUGAGCACCUUUGCUGCGCCACAAGAACUGGAUUAUAAUAUUUGGGGAAAUGUGGGCACUCAAGUCACAUGCGAGCUGCAAGGUUUUCUACUAGUGCUGGGAUUUGUGGCAUCUCCCAUGUUCUACCUGGCACUGUCUUUAUAUUACUUGCUCACGCUCCGAUACGGGUAUUCCGAUCAGACGUUGCAACUGCUCGAAGUGGCAAUGCAUGGCGUACCAUGGGCCACUGCUGUGUGUGCUGCCAUGCUGCCACUGCCCUGGGGCAUGUACAACCAUUCCUACGAGACGUGCUGGGUAGAAGCAUACCCCUUGGACUGUGACCAUACUGAUGUCCCGUGCCAACGAGGACAGAACGCCUCCGAAUAUGCGCAUGCGAUUGCCUUUCUUCCGCUUUGGCCUUGUAUCAUCAUGAGCCUCUUCAUCAUGCUGAUUCUCUUUGUGACAACAAUCUGCACUCACCAUCCAGAUCAACUGGCACGAUAUAGCGAAACGGCCAUGCUUUCCAACCAAGUACAGCAUGGUAGUGUCGGGGAAAGCACGCAUCACCAUCGAAUGAUUCGAUCCGUGGCGAUUCAAGCUGGUUGCUAUGGUGGCACUUUUCUGCUGGCAUAUGGAUGUUUCUUGGUAGUAACCAUGUUGGACCGGUUGAGGAAUCGUCGACAUGAUGAGCUUCAUUUUGUCUCGUUCGGCAUUUGCUUGCCAUUGCAGGGCUUUCUCAAUUGCGCCAUUUUCAUGCGACAACGGGAGAUGCAAACACUGGAAGGACGCCUCUGGCGCAUGAGCUGCUUUUGGCCGUGUGUUCUGUGUUCCUACCUGUAUCGCUGCUUUCGUCCUGACAAAUGCCCCGACGCGACCAAUGACGAAGUCCAACGGCAACGAGAUGUAGAUCUUCGUGGUUACACAAAGACACGGGCGUCUCGGGUGAGGGACGUGCUGGACAAUCCGUCUCAGUGGUUCACCAAUGAUUCCCCCCAGCAAACUUCCAAAGCCUUGCGAGAGUGGAGUUACUAG